AUGGCGAUCCCAUUCGGUUUCAGUUUCGGCGAGGUUAUUCAUGGAGUUGGGAUCCUUAGAAAUGCAUUCACAUCAAUCAGCGAAUCCGGAAAGGCAAACCCAGUUUUCGGAGAUGUCGCACAAGUCCUAUCUAGUCUUCACAAGCGUCUCGACGGUCUCGAGAGAUUUUUGAGUGAUCCAUCAUUUGGACCUCAGCGUGGUUUGAUGAUGCAAGUCAUCAGUGCGUGCCAGCACUGUAUAGAAAGAUUUGUUCAUCAAAGUUGCAGAUUGAACGGUGUCACCACCAAGGGAUCUUUAUGGUCUCACGAAGAAUUUUCCAACAUUAUCGAAAAGGUCGAUUGGCUAGCUUGCAAGAAAUGGGAUGUCUCGCAGUUCAGGAAAGAACUUUCAAUUCACGAUGAUGCAGUAUCGAGUUUAUUAUCGACGAUGCUUAGUACUCGUGAUAUGGAAAAGGGACAACUCACCCGCCAAAUCAACGAGAUCGUAACCACUCAACACAGAAUGGUUCGAGGAGGUGGUAAAGCUUCUUCUCGAGAUGCGGCAGUUAGCAAUAAGGUUUUGAACGCACUGGCUGUCAUCAAUCCGCUCAUCGGAAGAAAGGAGAUUGAAGCUCGUACUGAUCGUCUCUUCAGUAAAUCGUGUGACUGGAUUCUCAACAACAAGAGUUACAAGUCCAUGAUUGAAAGCGAUCAAUCCGAUUUACUUUGGAUUCAUGGACAAGCAGGAAAGGGUAAAACCAUGCUUUCCAUGUAUCUCGUCGAUAUUCUCUCCAAGCAAGUUGCUCAAAACCCUUGUGAUCAAGUGGCAUACUUUUUCUGCGACAACAACACGGAUCAGAGAAAUUCUACAUUACAUGCUCUCAAGACCGUCCUUCAUCAGGUUUUGAAACAAAGUUCCCAGAAUGUGUUGUUGGAAGAUUUCAAACGUCAUGGACCUCAAAUGUUCGCUACCAUCGAGGGUGUUUGGACUGCUUUGACACGAGUACUUGAAGCAUCGACCACACGAAAUCUUUAUCUGAUCAUUGAUGGUCUCGAUGAAUGCACCGAGGAAUCUUUGGAUGUCUUCCUCAAACUCGCUAGUACAUAUAUUGCAUCUAACGUUGAUGGACUUUGCAAUGUGAAAUGGAUUUUCACAAGUAGAAACGAAACAAGAAUUGAAGAAUACUUAAAAUUAUCCUGGGUGGUGGAUUUGGAAGAAACCGCCACCGAAGUCAGCGGAGCCGUUGACUCGUUUAUCGCUCACAAGGUUGAUGCCUUGGCUACUAAGAAGAGAUUCGAUGCACCUUUAAAACAAUUCGUGGCCGAUAAAUUGAGGCAAAAAGCUGGAGGAAAUUUCCUCUUCAUCUCUCUUGCUUGCAAGGAACUCUUGAAGAAGAAUGUCUCUUUCAUUAAUGUUAAACUUGUCCUUGGAAAAUUCCCUACUGGACUUGAUGCAUUGUACGCGAGAAUUCUCGAGGGAGUUUUGAAAUUGACUGAGGAAGAUCAACAAACAGCCUUCUCAGUUCUUCGUGCAGUAGGAAUUGCUUUCAGACCUCUCAGUCUUCGAGAAUUGGCUGUGAUGGCCGCUUUCCCAGCAGCAGCUAUGGAUGAUGAAGAUGUGGUAUUGGAUGCUGUUGAAUUAUGUGGAUCAUUCCUUUCAUUACAUCGCGAUCACCCAUACUUUGUUCACCGAUCCGCAAAAGAAUAUCUCCUCAACCACGAAACCGCCGGUAUCUUCUCCUCAGACCUCGAAUUUGAACACGAGAAAGCUGCUUUCAGAGCCCUCAAAUAUACAACCAGAGACUGGAAAUACUACCUCGAAAGUCUCGAAGAUGUUCCUCUUUCCUCGUUACAAGAUCAACCUUCUUCAGAAGACAGUCUUCAAUAUCCUCUCAUCUACUGGAUUAACCACAGCAACAUCGCCGGUGCUCGCAUGAUGAAAUCCUACGCCCUGGAUCGCCAUUUCUUCCGUCGCAAUUGCGAUCUCCGCCGAACCUGGCUCCUCUACUUCAAAAAACAUCGCCACAUGACUAAUUUCUCCGCCAUCCAAAAUGUUCAUUUCUCAGCCCUUCACAUUUCAGCCGUAUGCGAUACCUGGUGGGUAGCUGAGAUCCUCCUCAAAAACAGCAGCACCUACAUCGACGUCGAAGAUUCCUUCGGUCUCACCGCUCUCCACUGGGCCGUCCACUGCGGAAAUGCCUCCGUAGCCAAAAUCCUCCUUCAAAAAGGCGCCGAUCCAAAUAACAAGGGUGGAGUAACGGAUUUCAAAAAUGGUCCCAGAGAAGGUACACCACUUGGAUUAGCAAUCUCAUACAAUAAUCUCGAAAUGUCCAAACUUCUCCUCGCUCACGGCGCCGAUAUCGAUUGUCCCGAUCAUCACUGCACCACACCACUCGUAUGGACCAUCCGACAAAAUCUUCCCAAAUCCACCAAAUUUCUUCUGCAGCGGGGUGCGGAUCCCGUUUUGAGGGAUGAGGAGGGAAAGACUCCUCUUCAUGAUGCUUGUGCGAGGGGUUAUGAGAACAUUGCUAAGAUUUUGUUGAAUCAUGGUGCGGCGCCGGAUGCGAAGGAUGAUAGGGAUAUUAGUCCGGCAGGGGAUGCGUGGAGUGGUGGUCAUAAGGGUUGUAUUAAGUUGUUGGAUGCUUAUGGGGUUAAGACUCCUGAGGGAGAAAUGGAGGAUGAGAGUAAAUGGGGUAAGGGGGGUGAUUUAUUAGCCGCGUAG